AGAAAAUGCAUACAAACCAUAAAAAUAUAAAAAUUAUAACACAUGCUACUGAAACCACGCAAGUAAUCGCCACUAAAAUUCCACAUUCACUGGAAUCUCAUUUCACACUUUGGCAAUGGUUCGCAAGCGCUUUCGGACACCGGAACCCAAAUCAGGUUUACAGCAUGCCCAGUAUUUCCUGAAGAAAAUUGGGUUGGGGCCGAAUAACUACUACUUCUGGAAGCAAAUUGGGAAGGCUUUGAUUUGCACGUAUGCCGUGUUUGGUGCGGCGUGGUUAUACAACGAGACAUCGCCGUUGGGCUGGUGGACAUUGAAGCCAAGGCCAAAGGAAGAGUGGGAGCUUGCUCAUUUGUACGAGCGGAGGCAGUUCCCGUACCCUGGAGAUGAAGAGGCAAUGGAGGAGUUCAUUAAAAAGGGUGGAAUGAUUGGAACUACCAUUGGUCCUAAAGGGAUGGUGGAGAGUGAUAUGGAUGAGAGUGAUUAUAAGAAGGAGUUGAAGGACAAGAAGUUUGAGCAGGAAGCUCAGAAGCUGUGGGCGAGGAUGAGGAGCGAGGUCGUUGCUGAGCUUCAGGAGAAGGGCUUUGAUGUGGACGGAGGGCAGUGAAUGCUAUAUUCAUGGUGGUGAAUAUGGAGAUUGCAACUUUCUGUGCUUGAAUUUUAUGAUUUCAAUAAAUCAUGAUAGAUACAAAAGACUAUAUAGUGUGUGUUUGGAUAUAUGUAAACAGAGUUUCAAUUCAAUUUAUAAGAAGAAUUAUGUUCAUUUUGUAUCUUAAAGUGUGUGUGAACAGAGUUUCAAACACACCCUAUAGUCACUUGUUCCUUGUUGAUGGGUAUUAUUAUGUAUAACUUAUCCCUAUGGCAA